AUGGCGUCAGCAUCGGCACAGUCACUUGAGGAGGCCGCCAAUAUUGCCACAGAGUUCAUAUACAGUCUCGAUAAUCUACCAAACGAAAUACGAUUCAUAUGCGACGAAAUAAAGAUCAAGGAUCAGAAAGCCCAAGAGAUCCAAACGACAAUUGAAACCGAAUGCGCUAGGCACAUCCAACUUUGCCAGAGUGGCGCUCCGUUCCCGCCAAACUACAAACCACCCUUGCAGUCAAAGAUCUCCGAGGCAUACAACAGGGUCCACAGGCUUCACGUGGAGAAAAUUGAGCUUGCGACCAAAAUGGUUGACCUCAUCGAGCGCACGCGGACUCGAUUGGGUGUUGAUAUCAAUCGGGUGAAGAAGUUGCAGGGGGAGCCGCUCACGCCGGAGGCUGCUCCUCCUCAGACACGGAGCAGUGCUGCUGCUGCUGCUGCUGCUGAUGUUGGAAGCGCGUAUGCGUUUUCUGGUAGGGAUCCUGCUGCUCAGAUCAGCGAGAGCUUGAGGAGCGUCAUGAUCCCGAGUAGUACUACCCCCGUGCAGGAGCUGAGACAGUCUCCGGCGGUCGUGUCGUUGACGACGGCGACGGCACCGUCUGGUGCUGCGACAAAAAAACGCCGAUUGACUGCAGCGCCUUCUAUCAAAUUGCCAGCGAGGUCUCAGUCACCUGCGCCACCACCACCCAAGGCAGCUCAGGCACCCACGCACAGGCAGUCGAGGCUUUCGCGGCAGGUCCAUCCGCCUGUGCCCGGCCCUGAGGAGGAUGCCGAGGGUGAGGAAGAGGAUGCGGAAGGUGAGGAAGACGACGAAGGGGAGGAUGAUAAGUUGUAUUGUUUCUGUCAAAAGAAGAGCUUUGGCGAUAUGAUUGCAUGCGAUAGUGGCUUUUGUCCGUACGAAUGGUUCCAUAUUUCGUGUGUGGGAUUGAAAGCGGCGCCAGUGGAUAAAUGGUAUUGCGAUGCUUGUAAACCAAAGGUCAUGGCUCGCAAGGCUAGGAAAAAGUAG